AUGUCAGACCCUUUGAGAAGGUCGCUCAUUCAGGCCGCGGCCUUCCUGGGGGUCAUCCUCGGGGACCACGGAGAAGGCCACUCCCGCGGGCUCCUCCCGGCGCGGACGCGCGUGCCCCGGGCUGGGGCGGGGGGGCUCCCGGGUACCCCGGACGUGUCGCAGGAGGCCAGGGACUUGCCCUUCGCGGCAGUUGGGCCCGGGCCGCGGGAGGGAGGCCCCCAUCUCACUCCGGUCGGAAAACCGCGGGGACACCCCAGAGGGGGGCAGCGGGCGGGGAAGGCGAGGGGGGGCCGACGAGAGAAGGCCGACGAGAGAGGGAAUGACGGGGUAGGCCGGCGUGAGGAGACUGACGGGGGAGGCCGGCGGCGGCCGCCGCCGCGGGGGCGGGACGGGCGGCUGGCCGGGACUGUCGGGAAUCGCAGCGGGCGGACGCGGAGGCGGCCGCAGGGGAAAAGCACGGCCCCCGCCCCCCAGGCGGCCGGAAGGGCUGGGGGCUCCGCAGGCCCCGCGCCGCCGCCCUUGUGGGGGGAGGGCGAGCGCGGCGGCGGGGGCGGGCCCGCGCUGGGACCCGGGAGCCUCCGGGGCGGCCCAGGGCGCGGACGCCGGUCAGCGCGGGGCCCGCGGCAGCCGUGA